AUGAAAAAAACUCUGUUUGGUCAUCAUUUCUCCUCUGCAUUAUCAUUAUCAGUCCCUCCUGCUGUUUCAUCCAACCGGUUCUGUACCAUACCAUUUAGCCAGAAUAUUAACCCCUCCAGUAUGGUGGUUACUGCAAAAGUGGCUCCCCAAGCUGGGAUUUCCACUGAACUUACUUCUCAAAGCAAGAGUUCUCUAUCUGUUCUUUCACCUCUGGAAGCGAUUUUGUUUGAUAUUGAUGGCACACUUUGUGAUUCAGAUCCACUCCACUAUGAUGCUUUCAGGGAAAUGCUUCAAGAGGUUGGUUUCAAUGGAGGACAGCCAAUCACUGAGGAUUUUUUCGUGAAAAACAUAAGCGGUAUGCAUAAUGAUGAACUCUGUCAUGUCCUCUUCCCGGAAUGGGAUUUUGAUAGAGCCAUGAAAUUUAUGGAGGACAAGGAGGCAAUGUUUCGCAGAUUGGCAGCGGAAGAAUUGAAACCUGUAAAAGGCCUUGAUAAGUUGUGUCAAUGGGUUGAAGAGCGUGGCCUGAAGCGAGCUGCGGUUACUAAUGCUCCAAGACCAAAUGCUGAGCUGAUAUUAUCUAUGUUGGGUCUCAAUGAUUUCUUUGAACUCCUUGUGAUAGGAAGUGAAUGCGAUCGAGCAAAGCCUUUCCCUGACCCUUACUUAAAGGCUCUUGAUGUACUCAAAGUUUCCCCUGAACAUGCCUUUGUGUUUGAGGACUCAAUAUCCGGGAUAAAAGCUGGGGUUUCAGCUGGCAUGCCAGUAGUCGGUGUAGCUUCAAGAAAUCCGGAAACUCUGUUGAUGGCUACAGGGGCUACAUUGGUUAUCAGAGACUUUGAAGACUCAAAUUUAUGGGGAGCUUUGGCUGAUCUAGAAGCCAGAACCAGGCAAUAG